GCCCAUAUCUUAGAAGAAGAGAGAGAAACAACUGGUAUACAAUGUUCCUCAAAUUCGCGGUUUUGUUCCUUCUCCUUGGGAGAUCUGUAGCAUCACAACAAGAUGAUCUUGGUUUCACCUACAAUGGAUUUGGAGGAGUUGACUUGAGCUUGGAUGGCUUAGCUCAGAUUACAAACAAUGGCCUUCUAAUGUUGGUAAACAACACUAUGCAACAGAAAGGUCAUGCCUUCUACCCUCAUCCGCUUCAAUUCAUGAAUUCAUCGACAGGUACUGUUUUCUCCUUCUCCACUACCUUUGUUUUUGCCAUGUAUUCUGAGUUUACCACAGUUGGUGGUCCUGCAAUGGCGUUUGUAAUUGCACCUUCAACAGAUUUCUCAAGUGCUUUACCAAGCAUUUAUCUAGGCCUCUUCAAUAAGACCAACCUCGGCAAUUCAUCCAACCAUCUCAUAGCAAUCGAGAUGGAUUGUGUCCAAAAUUUGGAUUUCAAUGACAUCGAUGGUAACCAUGUCGGUAUCGAUAUCAAUGACUUGAAAUCAGUUGAAUCUGCUCCGGCUUCUUAUUUUAGUGAUCAAGAAAAUCGAUAUGUGAACCUGACCCUCUUCAGUGGACAUGCCUUGCAACUUUGGGUGGAAUAUUCUGGUGAACAAAGGCAACUUAAUGUAACUUUAGCUCCAAUUGAAGUUCCUAAACCAAAGAUCCCCCUCUUGUCCUUGAACAUUGAUCUUUCCCCAAUCAUAUUGGAUCCUAUGUUUGUGGGUUUCUCCUCAACUACUGCUGUCAUAAAAGCACCUCAUUAUGUGUUGGGGUGGAGCUUCAAGAUGAAUGGGCAAGCAAAAGCUCUGUCUCUGUCUCAACUUCCUAAGCUUCCUCGAACAGGGCCUAAAACACAAUCUAAAAUUUUUAACAUUGGAUUUCCUGUGAUUGGUGUUAGUUUAGUGUUAAUUUCAAUUUUCCUCAUCCAAUUUAUUGUUGCAAGGAAGAAAAAAUUCGCAGACGUUCAUGAAGAUUGGGAAUUUGAAUAUGGACCUCAAAGGUUCAAAUAUAAAGAUCUUUACAUUGCAACCAGAGGAUUUAAUGAGAAGGAGCUUCUUGGUAUAGGUGGCUUUGGUAAGGUCUACAGAGGUGUAUUACCCAAUUCAAAUGAAGAAGUUGCAGUGAAGAGAGUAUCACAUGAUUCAAGACAAGGGGUGAGAGAAUUCAUUGCUGAGAUCGUCAGCAUCGGUAAAUUGCAGCAUCGAAACAUAGUGACACUCUUGGGUUAUUGCCGACGUAAAGGAGAGCUCCUUCUAGUCUACGAUUUCAUGCCGAAUGGAAGUCUAGACAAGUUCCUCUUUGAUGAUGAAUCAACAAACCAGACGAAAUUGAAUUGGAAUCAAAGAUUUCAAAUAAUCAAAGGCGUGGCAUCUGCGUUACUAUAUCUUCACGAAGAAUGGGAACAAGUUGUGGUUCACAGAGAUGUAAAGUCCAGUAAUGUCAUGUUAGAUGGGGAUCUAAACGGAAGACUGGGAGAUUUUGGGCUUGCAAGAUUAUAUGAUCAUGGAGGCAAUCCUAAAACCACAAAUGUUGUGGGGACGUUUGGUUAUAUUGCACCAGAACUUGCUAGAACUGGGAAGGCGAAACCUAGCGUGGAUGUGUUCGCUUUUGGGGUUUUUUUGCUUGAAGUCGCUUGUGGUAGGAGACCUGUAGAUCAGUCAUUCCAAGCAUCAUCAGAAGAAGAGUGUAUUGUGUUGGUGGAAUGGGUGAUCUCAAGUUUGAAUAAGGGGGCGAUUCUUGAAACUGUGGAUCCCAAAUUGGAAAUGAAUUAUGAAGUGGAGGAGAUGGAAUUGGUUUUAAAACUUGGAUUGCUUUGCUCUCAAUCCAUUCCAACUGCAAGGCCAUGUAUGAGACAAGUUGUUCGUUAUUUGGGGGGAGAGACUCCAUUGCCGGAGCUGCCAUCUCUGAGUCGGAGCGUUUUUGUGAAUUCAGAAGGUACUGGUAAUGUCUCUAUUUGGUUUCCUUAUCAUCAUGGUAGGAGUGCAAUGACUCCGCAAUCAUCGGUUGCAGAUUCUCUACUCUCUGGAGGACGUUGAAUCUAUCU